AUGAGUAAUCCUUUUUCAAAAAAAGAAAUAAUAUCCCUGCCACAAAGAAAUCGAAGAAAGGUUAAUAAAAGUUAUAUAAGCGAAGAUGAAAAUGAAGAGGAGGAGAAUAAACAUAUUUUUAAUGGGGAUAAUAAUACAAGUGACCAUAUGGAUGACCAUAUAAAUGAUUAUGUGGAUGACCAUAUAAAUGAUUAUGUGGAUGACCAUAUAAAUGAUUAUGUGGAUGGACAUAUAAAUGAUUAUGUGGAUGAUCAUAUAAAUGAUUAUGUAGAUGAUCAUAUAAGUAAAGAUAUAUAUAACAAAUUUUCAAAUAAAACUUAUGAAUAUAAAUAUCUUGAUCAUACAGCAGAUAUAAUAUUACAUAGUUCUGGAAAAAAUUUAAGAGAAUGUUUCGAAUCCAUCUGUAUAUGUAUGUUUGAUUAUAUGUGUAAUUUAAAUAGCGUUGAAUUGAAAAAGAGAAGAAAAAUUACAGCAUCAGGGGCAAAUAUAGAAGAUUUACUUUUUAAUUUUUUAACGGAAUUUCAUUUUUUAUAUGGAAGCGAAUAUUUUAUUUGUAAGCAUAUAGAAAUAGUUUAUUUUAAUAUGAACCUAUUUUUAAUUGAAGCUUAUGGUUAUGGUGAUAUUUUUAAUAUAUCCAUACAUGAAAGUGGUACGGAAAUAAAAGCUGUAACUAAGCACGAGUUAAAAAUUAUUUCAAAUAAGGAUGCUUGUGAAAUAUUUGUUUUAGUAGAUAUAUAA